GUGGGAUGCUCUGAUUGGCCGGCCGGGUGGAAGGUUCAAGCUUCCCGCUUGGUGACCGUGAUGGAGUCUGGGAGAAGGAAAAUAUGGCGGAUGUGGCGGAGCCAAUGGCUGUUGAUGGUGGGUAUGGGGACACUGGAGACUGGGAAGGUCGCUGGAAUCACGUGAGGAAGUUCCUUGAGCGUUCAGGACCAUUCACGCACCCUGACUUUGAACCAAGCACUGAAUCACUCCAGUUUCUUCUAGAGACCUGCAAAGUUCUAGUUAUUGGAGCAGGAGGUUUAGGAUGUGAACUCCUUAAAAAUCUGGCUCUAAUGGGCUUCAGACAAAUUGAUGUAAUUGAUAUGGAUACAAUAGAUGUUUCUAAUCUGAACAGGCAAUUCUUAUUUAGACCAAAAGAUGUAGGAAGGCCAAAAGCUGAAGUAGCUGCUGAGUUCAUUAACAGUCGAAUUCCUGGUUGCAAUGUAGUUCCACAUUUUAAAAAGAUACAGGAUUUCAGUGAAUCUUUUUACAGACAAUUUCACAUCGUUAUUAGUGGAUUAGAUUCUAUCAUUGCCCGACGAUGGAUCAAUGGAAUGUUGGUAUCCCUGCUGAACUUUGAAGAUGGAACACUGGACCCAAGCUCCAUUAUACCAUUGAUUGACGGUGGGACUGAAGGGUUUAAGGGUAAUGCACGUGUUAUAUUGCCGGGAAUGACAGCAUGUAUAGAGUGUACACUGGAACUAUACCCUCCUCAGAUCAACUUUCCCAUGUGUACCAUUGCUUCCAUGCCCAGGCUUCCAGAACAUUGUAUUGAAUAUGUAAGAAUUUUACAGUGGCCCAAAGAAAGCCCAUUUGGAGAGGGCGUUGUGUUGGAUGGUGAUGAUCCAGAGCAUAUACAAUGGGUUUUUCAGAAAUCACUUGAAAGAGCUGCUCAGUUUAACAUAACUGGUAUCUCAUAUAGACUGGCACAAGGGGUUAUCAAGAGAAUUAUCCCUGCAGUAGCAUCUACCAAUGCAGUAAUUGCAGCUGUAUGUGCAACUGAAGUAUUCAAAAUUGCUUCAAGUGCAUAUAUUCCUCUGAAUAACUACUUGGUGUUCAAUGAUGUAGACAGCCUUUACACCUACACAUUUGAAGCAGAACGUAAGGAAAACUGUCCAGCCUGCAGCCAGGUACCUCAAGAUCUACAGUUUUCAUCGUCUGCAAAACUUCAAGAGCUCCUAGAUUACUUGACUCAAAGUGCUUCACUACAAAUGAAGUCCCCAGCUAUCACUGCAACUUUGGAUGGAAAAAAUAAAACACUCUAUUUACAAACUGUAGCAUCAAUUGAAGAAAGGACCAGACCAAAUCUUUCAAAAACCCUGAAGGAGUUGGGCCUUACAAAUGGACAGGAACUGGCAGUGGCUGAUAUAACGACACCUCAAACAGUGCUUUUCAAACUCCAUUUUACUACUUGACUGAUUUUGAAAACAGUCUGAACAAAUUGUACAAAAAAUACAUUUAGAAAAAAUAUUGAUCUGUUUAUCAUCAGUGUACUAGAUUUUGUCACUUUCUAACGGGCUUGAAUUUGAAGUUAUAUUUGCUAGUAUCGCAUCAGGCCAUAAAUAGUUGAAAGUGCAUUGUAUAUAUUAUGUUUGAAAUGGAAUAUGAACUGAGUUGCCAAUUUAAAGAUAUAGCAGUGGCAUUGUGUAUAGGAAACUGGAGCAUGUGCCGUUACUGUUACUUAAUUUCAUGCACUGUAACUUCUAAUUAUUGAGUUAAGAUUCAUAAGAAAGCAAGAAAUCAUAUUGUGGUUCAAAAUGUAUUUUUUGUGAAUUUUUCAAAUAAGAUAUUGUUCUGUGUUGCAAUUUAGGUUUUAUAUAUUUAUUGAAUGAAGUAUUAGCUCGAACACAUAUAUGUCCAGUUUAUUUAAACUUACAUUGACUAAUGUCCUUAAACUUGAUAUUUAAUUAGCCUGGAAAUUAGACUUGUAUUUCAAAAAUAGAAAGUUAUGUGCUUGCCACUUAUUAUCAUUUUUGGCUAUAAAUGUUUUUAAAAUGUUAAAUUGUAAAGAAUAUUACUUUUCGCUGAAAACUUUUCUUUCCUUGUGAUGUGCUGUGCAAUGGAGCCCCAUAUCAGAAACUGUUACAACCGAGGUUUUUUGAAAAUUCUAAAGUGUAUACUAACUUUCAUCCCUUUGCAAAUUCUCCAAAAGAAGCUGCGAAAGCUAUAAUAAAAUGAGCAAUAAUACUCAUAA